AUGAAUGCCCCGGUCCCGAAGUCGUACCAUGCAAUCGACUAUCGCGCAGCGCAAUUCGACUCAAUGCCGAAUCGUGCUUUGACUGGUGGAUCCGCAUUUACUUAUAAAACGCCUUGCCGCAAGCCCAAUGCUUCGAUUGACAACCUUCGCGGUCCAACUGCAAUCAUGUAUACUAUAACGAAUAUUUACGUGCUCGCCGCAUUUGGCACCAUUGGUGGUGCUCUUUUCGGAUUCGAUGUGAGCUCAAUGAGUGCCUGGAUUGGUGUCGAUACAUACAAAGAUUACUUUGACUCGCCCAACUCGAACCUCCAAGGAGGAAUUACAGCAUCGAUGUCGGCUGGCUCAUUCGCCGGUUCCAUUGCCGCCGGUUGGCUAUCAGAUAUUCUCGGUCGUCGCUACGCAUUGAUGAUCGCAUCUCUCGUUUGGAUCGUUGGCGCAAUGGUCCAAUGCAGCGCGCAAAACGUGACACACCUAGUUGCAGGUCGAGUUGUUAGCGGGCUGGCAGUUGGUGUCACAUCCUCGCAAGUAUGUGUAUACUUGUCGGAAUUAGCACCAGCUCGUAUCCGUGGUCGCGUGGUGGGUAUUCAGCAGUGGGCGAUCGAAUGGGGUAUUUUGAUCAUGUAUUUGGUCGCGUACGGCUGCGUGGUAGGUGUGUCUGGGCCCGCUGCUUUCCGAAUUUGCUGGGGUGUGCAGGCCGUUCCUGGUCUUAUCCUUUUUAUCGCAUUGUUCUUUUUCCCGGAGUCUCCUCGUUGGCUCGCUUCGAAGGAACGCUGGGAGGAGGCUCUCGAUACCUUGGCUAUAAUUCAUGCCAAUGGUGAUCGCCAUGAUCCAGUUGUGCAAGUUGAGUUCGAAGAAGUCCAAGAGGCUGUGCGAGUGGCUCAUGAGGCUCAAGAUGUCUCAUUCUUGGCCUUGUUUGGACCUAAAAUUUGGAAGCGCACCAUGUGUGGAAUGAGUGUUCAGAUGUGGCAGCAGCUUCUAGGCGGCAAUGUCGCCAUGUAUUAUGUUGUUUAUAUUUUUGAAAUGGCUGGCAUGACUGGUAAUACUACCCUAUGGUCUUCUGCUAUUCAAUAUGUCAUCUUCUUGGUGACUACAGGAGUCAUGCUUCCAUUCAUCGACCGAGUUGGCCGAAGAAGCCUACUUCUCUAUGGGUCUGUCACCUGCAUGGUUCUACAUUUCGUCAUAGCCGGCGUUAUGGCCGGCAGAGGCCACCCUGUGCCCAAUGUCAAUGGCGACGCAAACCUUACCUGGGAGAUCAAAGGCAGCUCUGGAAUGGCAGUCAUUGCGUUCUCCUACAUAUUUACCGGCGUCUACGGUCUUACUUGGGCUCCGACUGGAUGGAUCUAUGCUUCCGAGGUCUUCCCGCUGAAGUACAGAGCUAAGGGUGUUGGUGUUUCGGCCGCUACCAACUGGAUUUUCAACUUCGCCUUGGCUUACUUCGUAGCUCCCGCUUUCCACAACAUCCAGUGGAAGACGUACAUCAUUUUUGGGGUUUUCUGCUUCGUCAUGACCAUACACGUGUUUCUCAUGUAUCCCGAGACUGUGGGGCGGUCUCUCGAAGAGAUCGACUUGGUAUUCGAGACAAAUGUCAAGCCAUGGCACAGUCACAAGAUUGGGGAUAUGUUCGGGGAGGAAAUCGAGCGUCGUAAGGAGGUUGAUGCGAAGAAAGAUAUCGGUGGUGCCAGUCAUGAAGAGGUGGUGUAA